AUGCAGUUUAUAUUUAAAAAAAUUGUUGGCGAAAGGUCACUGAAAACAGCAAACAAGUAAUAUAAUAAAACAAUGCGAGUACCUACGUUUAAAUUUAAAUAUUUGCGAGUCGCACAUUAAUAUUAAGAAAAGGACGUACUAGUCUAUCUUUGGCGACGUCAUAUCGGUUCGCUUUGCUGCUGAGGUGAACGAAUUGGAGGCGUCUGUAUAUUGAAGAAAUCUGAAUUUGCUGUUAUUGAUUCCGUAGACGAUCUCAAAAACGCAUACAUAAAGUAUAAUUUUGACAUUAAAAACAAAUAUUAGUGUAUCUAUCAGUCAACUAAUCAACCGAACAAUUGAUCCACCGAACGUCUCAGCUACUUUGCUACCCGCGCACCAUUAAACACAGCAUGCACAAAAGCAAUGGGCGGUUUCCUGGAUAAGCCGAAAACUACUAAACAUAACGAUCAUGGCGAAGGCAAUAAAUUGCUCUUUGGCGUCAGCUCUAUGCAAGGCUGGCGUUGCGAAAUGGAGGACGCGUAUUAUGCGCGUGCCGGUCUUGGGAGCGGUUUGGAAGACUGGAGUUUCUUUGCCGUUUUUGACGGUCAUGCUGGCUGCAAGGUGUCGGAGCAUUGCGCCUCACAUCUGCUCGAUAGUAUCAUUAACACGGAUGAAUUUAAAAAUGGCGAUCACGUAAAGGGCAUACGCACUGGAUUUCUGCAUAUCGACGAAGUAAUGCGGGAAUUGCCCGAAUUGACGCGAGAUGCGGAGAAAUGUGGCGGGACUACUGCGGUGUGUGCGUUCAUCUCGCCAACACAAGUUUACAUUGCGAAUUGCGGUGAUUCGCGCGCGGUUCUAUGUCGACAAGGUGUACCUGUAUUUGCUACACAAGAUCACAAGCCCAUUCUGCCUGAAGAAAAGGAGCGCAUACACAAUGCCGGCGGUAGUGUAAUGAUUAAACGUGUCAACGGAACACUGGCGGUAUCGCGCGCGCUCGGUGACUAUGAUUUUAAGAAUGUGAAAGAAAAGGGCCAAUGCGAACAACUCGUGUCGCCGGAACCGGAGAUCUUUUGCAAAAGUCGCCAAGAUACGGAUGAGUUUUUAGUUUUAGCCUGUGACGGUAUAUGGGAUGUCAUGACCAAUGAGGAUGUCUGCAGUUUUGUACAUUCGAGGCUGAGAAUAACUAAUGAUUUAGUGAACGUUGCAAAUCAAGUUGUUGAUACCUGUUUGCAUAAGGGUAGCCGAGACAAUAUGAGCAUAAUAAUAAUUGCUUUCCCGGGCGCACCAAAACCAACUCAAGAAGCUAUUGAGGCAGACAAACGGUUGGAACAGCAAAUCGAGAAACUAGCAAGAGAUGAGAUAGAUUGCAAAGAAAUCACGCAGUACUUUGAUUUAUUGCAAGCACUGCAGAGUAAGGAUAUUGAAGGUCUUCCUCCUGGUGGCGGCUUACAGUCAAAAUACGCAGUCAUCGAGCGAACGUUCAAAGAGAUAUACCCAGAUCAGGAAUGCGAAAGCCCAUCUCAUUGAACCACGUCAUAAACAAAAACAUCAAAAACAAAAGAAAUCGGUUAUUACUUUGAUAAAGUGCAAAUUUAACUGAAAUAACCAAAAAUAAUAAAGAAAAAAAGAAACAAACAGAAAUAUAACUAAGAAAACAAAGAAACAAAACAAAAAUAAAAAAUGAAUAAACUCAAUCAAAAUGCCAGAACCACACAUACAAGAGAAAGAAACACAAAGUUUAGGGUUAAGAAAGUAUAAAUGCAGAAUACAUGCGAAACUAACAACCGACUACUAACCAGAGUUACUUCGCUAAACAAAGUGUGUGGGCUGUCAGCGCAACGGGAUACAUCUUGCACAGACGUCUUGCCGUAUUGCCACAAAGCAAUGCCUCAAUAUGAGCAUUCAGAUAGCUUCCACAUGCGGACAUACCCGAAUUCAUAUGUCAGUUCAUAAUUGCGAGCGAUCAUAUGGAGCCGCCCGCCAAUGGCCUUGAGCCGUUACGUUGUUUUGUGGGUUGGUGGUUACAUGUGGCGUGGGAUAAAGCACAUUCAGCAUAUGAGUGGCUGAUGACAUGCCAUUGAAGUGGCAGCAUAAGCCAGUUCGCAGGCCAAUGGAAACAAUAACACAAUGGCUUAAAGCGCAAUACAAACACAAUUCUAAUGUACAGUUUUAUUUACAUAUGUACAUUAGGAAGACAACAAUGAUGAUAUCUCGAUAACUAGGAAACACAACACACUUGCCGCUUCCGUCUAAACACCUGCCUACAACAGCAACGAUGUGUCUCUGGAGUCAUACGAAUUCAUUAUACUCAAAUGUGUGUGCCCAGUCAAAAUCUAACUAUGUUCUAAUAGCGUUGCAUAUGAAAAACUGCAUACCGAAAAACAGAAGUAAAUUAGUAUUUUUUGUUUUGUAUCAAAAUUAGUAAAUCAACGUUGGAAAUUAGUUUUGAGUUUUUAGUAACAUAGCCAGUGGCGGCGAAAAUUUCGCAAAACCUCGAAGGAGUAUUUGAAAAUGCGUAAAACGCGCACAAGCUACCGCUCUGUGGAAGAAGCUCGAACUAAGGCGAGAAAUGUGGACUGAGCUUGUGCUACUUUCGGCUUUGUUUUGUACCGACCAAAACAAAAUACUACAACAAUAGCCUGAUUUCAUUGUUGCCCAAAAGCUCUAAAUUGGAGCGCUAGCAGCCAAAAAAUUUUUAAACGAACACAAAUUUUGUUGUAAGAGCACAUUUACACAUUUUACCAAGUUUCUUUUACUUUUUUACGACCUACGUAUUAACUAAAAUUAAAGCAGAAAAUGGUUUAGAAGCAACAGAAUUAUUAAAGAAACACAAAUCCUACAAAAAUGCAUUAAAACUAAGUUUAAAGUAAAACAAAACAAAAAAAAAAAAAUACAAAACAAA